AUGUCUUCCCGCUGUGCGGCCUCCAGUGUCGUGCGGCAAUUGCUGGUAGCAGUGGUGCUUUUCAUCGUUGGAGUCCUCGCACAAGCAGCAACUCGCGAAAGAAUAAGCUUGAACGCGGACUGGCGUUUCCAACGCUUCACCUCGAAUCCUGACAACCUCAACUACAACACCCUGAAGCCAUGGCUUACACCAUCAGCCAACAACUUCAUCAAUGAUGCCUCCCGCCGCACCAAGCGCCCAUCCAACGAGCCACCCAACGUCACCUACACCCAAGCAAACUUCAAUGAUAACUCGUGGGAAGCCCUGAGUCUGCCUCACGACUGGGCUGUCAAAGGACCUUUCUAUGUCGGCAACAAUGUUCCCGUCGGAGGAAACAUGGGUCGUCUUCCCAUCCAGGGGGUUGGAUGGUACCGCAAGAAGUUCACGCUCAACCCGGGCGACGAGGGGAAAUCUGUGUAUCUCGAGGUUGACGGCGCCAUGUCCUAUGCUGCGGUCUGGAUCAAUGGGAAAAUCGCUGGUGGAUGGCCGUAUGGCUAUGCCUCAUUCCGUGUCGACCUCACUCCGUAUCUGCAGUCCGGAAGCAAUCAGCUAGCUAUUCGCCUUGACCAAGCCGUUGAGUCGUCGCGAUGGUACCCAGGUGCAGGGAUCUACCGCAACGUUUGGUUGACCAAAGUAAACCCCAUCCACGUCGGCCAGUUCGGUACCUUCGUCAAAACUAGGAGCUCAUCAGCUCAAACGGCAACGCUUGACCUCACUGUUCAGGUGGAGAACAGCGCAUCAACCGCCGCAGCAGGUCAGGUCCAGGUCGUCACUGACAUUCAUUCUUACGAUGCGGUCUCGGGGAAGGCGGGAGCAAAGAUCGGUGGUUUCUCUAACACCACAGUCAACGUCUCCCCAGGUUCUAUUGCAUCUGUGAAUGCAUCAGCGACUGUGCGGAACCCAAAGCUUUGGGGUCCACGUCCGACGCAGGAGCCCAAUAUGCAUGUUGCCAUCACCCGUCUUUACGUUGGGGACCAGCUGGUAGACACAUACGAGACUCCUUUCGGCAUCCGCUCUCUGCAGUACCUUGGCGAUGGACUGCGUGUCAACGGUCAGCGCGUGUACAUUCAGGGUGUUUGCCAGCACCAUGAUCUUGGGUCGUUGGGAGCCGCCUUCAACAUUCCGGCUGCUCGGCGUCAGCUGGAGAUGCUCCAGGAUAUGGGAACCAACGCGAUGAGAACCUCACACAAUCCUCCAGCGCCUGAGCUGCUCGAUCUUGCGGACAAGAUGGGUUUCCUUGUCCUGGACGAGAUCUUCGACACGUGGGGCAGCCACAAGACUCGCAACGAUUUCCAGACCAUCUUUGCCGACUGGUCUGAGCCAGAUCUCAGAGCGUUUGUUCGACGUGACCGCAACCAUCCUUCAAUUUGGGCCUGGUCCUUUGGAAACGAGGUCGCAGAGCAGGGAAGCAGCAACGGUGCAGCACAAGCUGAGCGUCUUCGAAAUAUUGUUCGCCAGGAGGACGCCACCAGACAGUCCACCGUCGGAAUGAACAACGCUGGGCCUGACACGGCCUUUGUCUCGAUUGUUGAUCUUAUCGGGUUGAACUAUCAGGGAGAGGGCAAAGGAAACGGCGCGCCAACGUUCGAGAACUUCCGGGGACGGUUCCCUAACAAGUUGAUCUUCAGCACUGAGAGCUCGUCGGUGGUUAGCUCCAGGGACACAUACCUCUUCCCAGUGGUGAACAGCAACAACGCGAUUGUACGGGCGAAUGGUCCUGGCGCCGAUCCUACUACUAGACAAGUCAGUUCGUAUGACCUGUACGCCAUGGAAUGGGGUGCUUCACCUGACAAGGUCUUUGUGGCACAAGAUCGGUAUUCGUACGUUGCGGGCGAGUUUGUUUGGACAGGCUGGGAUUACAUUGGAGAGCCGACGCCAUAUGAUUCCUCUCGGAGCAGCUACUUUGGCAUCAUCGACCUUGCUGGGUUUCCCAAGGACCGGUUCUACCUUUACCAGUCAAGAUGGAACCCAAGCGUGAAGAUGGCCCACAUCCUGCCUCACUGGAACUGGCCCAAUCGCGUCGGUCAAGUCACGCCUGUUCAUGUGUACUCUUCGGGUGACGAAGCCGAGCUUUUCGUCAACGGCAAGUCGCAGGGUCGACAGAAGAAGGCGCAGUACACCUAUCGUUUCCGGUGGGACCAGGUCACCUACCAGCCAGGAGAGGUGCGUGUCGUGACAUACAAGGAUGGGAAUGAAUGGGCGAAUGCGACAGUUCGGACUACCGGGACGGCCUCUCAGUUGCGGUUGUCGACGUAUCAAAACCGAGUGACGAUCAAAGCUGACGGCGAGGAUCUCUCUUUUGUCAGUGUUGCUGUCGUGGACGACAAGGGCGAUGUUGUUCCCACCGCGGAACCCAACAUCACAUUUUCCAUCACUGGGCCUGGUGACAUUGUCACUACGGAUAAUGGAGACUCGACUGAUAUGGUUGCGUUCCCGUCAAAGGAGAGGAAAGCGUUCCGAGGACGAGCGUUGGCUAUUGUGCGUGCAAAGGUUGGAGCAUCGGGGACGAUUACAGUGGCGGCCACGGCGAAUGGUGUCAAGUCGGCGGAGGUUGUGCUACAGGUAGAAUAG